AUGUUGGUUCGCUUGCAGGAAAAAGCCGAGAUGAAGGGUGCCACACCGCUUGCUCCAGGAGAGGUUUAUUCGACCUCACUAUGUGCUAAAGGAGAAAGAGGAAGCUAUUUCGCUUUUGCUCAGCCUCAAGGGGGAGCUUCUAAACCUGGUGGUGGAGCUGCAGCGGAUGGAAAACGUUCAGAUGACCAACAGAAGGAAGCGCACAGUCACUAUUUUGUGAAUAAAUGA